AUGUCACUGGAACUUCAAAAGACAUUUUUGGAGAAGGACACUUCUUUUGAGAUCAUAACUGAGAUACAGAAUAUAUUCCAGGACCAGGCUAGAACCGAGAGGUUUGAGACCCACAAGCAGAUCCUUGAGAGCACGCUCAAGAAAGGAGAGCCAGUGAGCCCACAUGUUUUUAAAAUGAUUGGAUUAUUUGAGAACAUGGGUAGGCUUGACGCCGGGUACUCAACCGAGAUGGCAAUUGACAUCAUUCCCCAUUCGCUUCAUAGUGGCUAUGAUCGGUUCAAGAUGAACUAUAAUAUGCAUAGCAUGGAGAAAACCAUCACCGAGUUUCAUGGGAUGUUGACGUAG